CCCGGUGGUGGCUCGGCGGGGUGGGUGCGCGGGGCCGCGCGCGGUCUCCAUGGUGAGCGCGGCGGGCGGCGGCCGGCGCCGGGCCGGGGCUUGAGCGGGACCAUGUCCCGGGGGUGCUGCCCGCACCUGCUGUGGGACGUGAGGAAGCGUAGCCUCGGGCUGCAGGAGCCCGGCCUGCUGCGGCGGCACUACCUGGGAAGAAGAGAAUUUAUCCAAAGAUUAAAACUUGAAGCAACGCUGAAUGUACAUGAUGGCUGUGUGAAUACAAUUUGCUGGAAUGAUACAGGAGAAUAUAUUUUAUCAGGUUCAGAUGACACCAACCUGGUUAUUAGUAACCCCUACAGCAGAAAGGUUUUAACAACCAUCCGCUCAGGACACAGAGCUAAUAUUUUUAGUGCAAAAUUCUUACCAUGCACCAAUGACAAACAGAUUGUGUCCUGUUCUGGAGAUGGAGUAAUUUUUUAUACUAACGUUGAGCAAGAUGCCGAGACCAACAGGCAGUGCCAGUAUACGUGCCACUAUGGAACUACCUAUGAGAUUAUGACAGUACCAAAUGAUCCCUAUACUUUCCUCUCUUGUGGUGAGGAUGGCACUGUAAGGUGGUUUGAUACUCGAAUCAAGACAAGUUGCACAAAAGAAGAUUGCAAAGAUGAUAUUUUAAUAAACUGCCGGCGUGCUGCCACUUCUGUAGCCAUCUGUCCACCAAUACCAUAUUACCUUGCUGUAGGCUGCUCUGAUAGCUCAGUAAGAAUAUAUGAUCGGCGAAUGCUUGGCACGAGAGCAACAGGUAAUUAUGCUGGCCGGGGCACAGUUGGAAUGGUUGCACGUUUUGUUCCUCCACACCUUAAUAACAAAUCCUGCAGGGUAACAUCUUUAUGCUACAGCGAUGAUGGUCAGGAGAUCCUUGUUAGCUAUUCUUCAGAUUACAUAUACUUAUUUGAUCCCAAGGAUGACACAGCAAGAGAACUUAAAGUUCCUUCUGCUGAAGAGAGAAGAGAAGAGUUACGGCAGCCUCCUGUUAAACGACUGCGAUUAAGAGGUGAUUGGUCAGAUACAGGACCGAGAGCAAGGCCUGAGAGUGAACGCGAAAGAGAUGGGGAGCAAAGUCCUAAUGUCUCGCUAAUGCAGAGGAUGUCAGACAUGCUGUCAAGAUGGUUUGAAGAAGCUAGUGAAGUUGCUCAGAGCAACCGAGGGCGUGGAAGAUCUCGAUCAAGAGGUGGGGCCAGUCGUCCAGAUGCCCCUGUUACUAGCAGUGUGCCACCAAGGGGUGAGUCGGAGACUGCAAUGGAAGUAGAUGGUCCUGAACAACCUCCAUCCUCAUCUUCCUCUACCAUGUCAGCCCAAGCUCCUUCAACAUCUUCCUCAAUGGAAAGCCCACCCUCAACCUCUUUACUGUCAUCUCCUGACAACGAACAAAGGCUGUCUUUGGAGGCCUCUGCUCAACCUACGCUCCAUCAGUCUGAAUUAAUGGCACCUGAGUUAGCUAUACUUCGUAGGGGUCUGCAGCGGCUGAGGCUUAAGAAGGCCGAACAACAGAGACAGCGAGAGCUAGCUGAGGGUUCAGCACCACAGUCUUCCAGCUCUGAUCAGUCUUCCAGUAAGGGCUCCUCACAGGACCCUCAGACUUCAGAUUCUCCCUCUUCUGUGGUUAACAAACAGCUUGGAUCCAUGUCACUUGAUGAGCAACAGGAGAGUGAAAAGCCACGCACAGGAACAGGUGAACCAGUUUUAAGUUUGCACUACAGUACAGAAGGAACAACUACAAGCACAAUAAAAUUGGACUUUACUGAUGAGUGGAGCAGUACGACUUCCAGCUCUAGAGGGAGUGGGAGUCACUGCAAACCUGACAGUCAGGAAGAAUCUCUAAGAACAAAAAGCUCAGAACAGUCAACACCAGAGAAUGAAGAAACAAGAAUUCCUGAAGAAUCACAAAAUGAAGUCACAGGUGCUGAGGAGUUGAAAUCUGCAAAUGAAAUUGCAGCAAGAGCAGAAGCAGCUUUAUCAGAUAAAGAUGUACCUGAGCAUCCUGGAACCAGCACAGAAGGAGAAAAUGGCCCUGACAUUGAAAGUACCAGCAGGAACCCAGAGGAAGGACCUUCAUGUGGAAAAAGUGAAGAGCAAGAGAUUUCAGGUCAACCAAGUACAGAAUCCACUGCCAACUCAAAUAACACAAACCGUGAACCUCAACUACAGCCAGAAUCCUCAGGGCUUGCAACUCAAGAAGAAUCAUCCACUAGGGGAGCUGCUUUCCAAGAAACGGAUGAUAGCGAUGAUGACCCUGUCUUAAUACCUGGUGCAAGGUAUCGAGGAGGACCAGGACACAGACGAUCUGCUGUUGCCCGCAUUCAGGAACUGUUCAGAAGGAGAAAAGAAAGGAAAGAAAUGGAAGAACUGGAAACACUGAAUAUUAGACGUCCUUUAAUAAAGAUGGUUUAUAAGGGUCAUCGGAACUCCCGAACAAUGAUAAAGGAAGCCAACUUUUGGGGCUCUAACUUUGUAAUGAGUGGUUCAGAUUGUGGCCAUAUCUUCAUUUGGGAUCGGCAUACGGCUGAGCAUCUCAUGCUGCUGGAAGCUGAUAAUCACGUGGUGAAUUGUCUUCAGCCUCAUCCAUUUGACCCGAUUCUUGCUUCAUCGGGUAUUGAUUAUGAUAUAAAAAUCUGGUCACCACUAGAAGAGUCCAAGAUUUUUAACCGAAAGCUUGCAGAUGAGGUUAUAACUCGUAAUGAAUUAAUGCUGGAAGAGACGAGAAACACUAUUACUGUUCCAGCUUCUUUCAUGUUACGAAUGUUGGCAUCGUUGAAUCAUAUAAGAGCAGACCGAUUGGAGGGUGACAGGUCAGAAGGAUCUGGUCAGGAAAAUGAAAAUGAAGAUGAAGAGUAACUGUCUCUUCUGCGUGACCACCUAGACGUUAAGGAAUUUGUAUAAGACAUUAAUUAUAUUUUUCCUUACAGAGCUUUAGUGCAAUUUUAAGGUAUUGCUUUUGGAUAACCUAACAUUUUGUUUUUGAACGAUUGUGUGCAUGACUCUGGGGGGAGAGUGCAAGUAAAAUAAGCAGAAAUGUUUUUAAAAUGUUUUGGCAUGUAUGAGGGGUGCUAGAAGAUGCAAAGUGCAAUAUUUUCCUUAACUUGCAAACGUGGGAGCUUGGAUCAAUGUUUAAAAAUAACUUUCAUUAUAGUAAGAAAAAACGUUGGUUCAAAUAAAUUUCUAUACCUGCUAUCUGCAUGUUUGUUGCUUUCUAAUUAAAAAGAUUUGGUUGUUUAAAAUUC